CGCAUUGACAGACUUGCUUUCCUCUUACAGGCGACCAAAUCCAAAAAGCCGAUCAUGCUUCCCGUCACGUUUAUGGACGGCACAACCAAGACCUUGCUAACCGACUCGGCCACCACAGCGAAGGAGCUGUGCAGCUCGUUGGCCGAGAAGAUAAGUCUGAGGGACCACUUUGGGUUCUCCCUUUACAUCGCGCUCUUUGACAAGGUGUCUUCCCUCGGGAGCGGCAGCGACCACGUCAUGGACGCCAUCUCUCAGUGCGAGCAGUUUGCCAAAGAACAGGGUGCCCAGGAACGCAAUGCCCCCUGGCGACUCUUCUUCAGGAAGGAAAUCUUUGCCCCCUGGCACAACCCAGCUGACGACUACGUGGCCACGAAUCUCAUUUACCAGCAAAUUGUCAGAGGGGUGAAGUUUGGGGAGUACCGGUGCGAUAAGGAAGAAGAUAUGGCGGAGUUAGCUUCUCAGCAAUACUACGUGGAUUAUGGGUCUGAAAUGGUCCUGGAGCGCCUCCUGAAUUUGAUUCCUUCUUACAUCCCUGAUCGAGAGAUCACACCUUCCAAAACCAUUGAGAAGUGGGCUCAGUUUAUCAUAGCUGCCCAUAAAAAGGGAAUCUAUACCCAAAAGAGGAUGGAUCCUAAAAGAGUCAAAGAAGAAGUCGUGGAUUUUGCUCGUUUUAAGUGGCCUUUAUUAUUCUCCAGGUUCUAUGAAGCGUUCAAGUUUUCAGGUCCCAGCCUCCCCCAGAACGAACUGAUUGUAGCGGUGAACUGGACAGGGGUCUACUUUGUAGAUGAACAAGAACAAGUUCUCCUGGAAUUUUCCUUCCCAGAGAUAACUGCUGUCUCCAGCAAUAGUGGAGGAAAACUGCAGGGACAGAGUUUCACACUGGCUACAAUCAAAGGCGACGAAUACACGUUCACUUCCAACAAUGCAGAGGACAUCCGUGACCUUGUGGUCACCUUCCUGGAAGGGCUGAGAAAAAGAUCCAAAUUUGUAGUCACGCUGCAAGACAAUCCAAAUCCAGCUGGUGAUGACUCAGGUUUUCUCAGCUUCCUCAAAGGAGACUUGCUCAUUCUGGACCAGGACACAGGAGAAAAUGUGAUGAAUUCUGGCUGGGCCAAUGGAGUCAAUGAACGGACCAAGCAGAAGGGAGACUUUCCAACCGAUGCAGUCUAUGUCCUGCCCACCAUGACCAUGCCUCCCCCAGACAUCGUGGCUUUGGUUACAAUGACCCCCAACCAGAGGCAGGAUGUCAUAAGGACAGCCCAGCUGGUGUUGAGUGACAGUGAAGAGAGGAUAAAGCCAUACACCCUGGAAGAAUUCUCCUAUGAUUAUUUUAGGCCGCCCCCCAAGCACACCCUGAGCAGAGUGAUGAUCACCAAAAACAGGGGGAAGGACAAGCUCUGGUCCUACACCAGGGAACCGAUCAAGCAGCCCUUGUUGAAGAAGAUCCUGAGCAGCGAAGAGGUCUCUCAAGAAGCCUGCAUGGCUUUCAUUGCCAUCCUGAAAUAUAUGGGUGACUACCCCUCCAAAAGGACUCGCUCGGUGAAUGAGCUAACCGAUCAAAUAUUUGAAGGGGCUUUGAAAGCUGAAGCUCUCAGAGAUGAGAUUUACUCGCAGAUACUGAAGCAGCUGACCGACAACCACGUGAAGUACAGCGAAGAGAAGGGCUGGGAGCUGCUCUGGCUGUGCACGGGCCUCUUUGUGCCAAGUAACGUCCUGCUGCUUCACGUCCAGAGGUUUGUCCAGUCUCGGAAGCAUCACCCGCUCGCCCCCGACUGCCUGCAGAGGCUGCAGAAAGCUCUGAGGAAUGGAUCUCGAAAGUACCCACCCCAUCUGGUCGAAGUGGAAGCCAUUCAGCAUAAAACAACUCAGAUUUUCCACAAAGUCUAUUUCCCGGAUGACACCGAUGAGGCAUUUGAAGUGGAAUCGAGCACCAAAGCCAAGGAUUUCUGUCAGAGCAUUUCCAAACGACUGCUCCUCAAAUCAUCUGAGGGUUUCAGCCUUUUUAUCAAGAUAUCAGACAAGGUCAUCAGCGUCCCUGAAGGAGAUUUCUUCUUUGACUUCGUCAGGCACCUAACCGACUGGAUCAAGAAAGCAAGACCAGCAAAAGAUGGGCUUGUACCUUCUCUCACCUACCAAGUGUUUUUCAUGAAAAAGCUGUGGACAAACACCGUGCCUGGGAAAGAUUCAAUGGCCGACUCCAUUUUCCAUUACUAUCAGGAAUUACCGAAAUAUCUUCGUGGCUACCAUAAAUGCACCCGGGAAGAGGUCUUACAACUUGGAGCCCUGAUCUAUAGGGUGAAAUUUGAAGAUGAUAAAUCCUCUUUUCCUAAUAUUCCCAAACUCCUCAAGGACUUGGUCCCUGAACCUCUUAUUCGUCAGCUGUCACCAGAUGACUGGAAGAGAUCCAUCGUGGCCUAUUUCAAUAAGCACGCGGGCAAGACGAGGGAAGAGGCCCAGCUGGCCUUCCUCAAGAUCGUGUUCCGGUGGCCCACGUUCGGGUCGGCUUUCUUCGAAGUGAAGCAAACGACUGACCCAAAUUAUCCAGAACUCCUCCUGGUCGCCAUCAAUAAGCACGGUGUCAGCCUCAUUGAUCGUAAAACCAAGGACAUCCUCAUCACCCAUCCCUUCACGAAGAUCUCCAACUGGAGCAGCGGCAACACUUACUUCCACAUCACCAUCGGGAAUCUGGUGCGGGGGAGCAAGCUACUCUGUGAGACGUCAUUGGGCUAUAAGAUGGACGAUCUGUUGACCUCUUACAUUAGCCAAAUGCUGACGGCAAUGAGUAAGCAGAGGGGUGCAAAAGGUAGCAAGUGAACUGAGAACAUCUACUGGUCGGCACUCUGUCAGCUAAGGGCCGUGGGCUACCCUUGCAGCUGGGGGAAAACCUUUUCUACACACGUGUGGAAGAUGAGUCGGACACCUUCAGAAAACCUGUCAGAUGCUGAAGACUGUGAGCUCACCUCCACUUCGAGCGAGGAUGACUACUUGUGAGAAAAACCUUUCGCUGUCUCCCACCAGCACUGUUUUUUGCUCUCGCUUCUGGAUAUCAACCCAUACUUCUUUUUCCGACUGUGGUACAAGGGGGGAAGAAAUCUGCUUUUAUGGCAUAUGGAGAAGGUCAUCAGACUUCUGGUUAGGAUCUUUUGAAAAUGGGAUUCAAUAAAGCAGUUUAUGAACCCAAGACUAUGUUAGAAAUGGGAGAAUUUCAUAAGAAUCUACUGCCGUUUGCUUUGUUCUUGAGGGAAGAAACCAAGUAAUCGUUUAAAGAGUGGUUGUUCUGAAAAUAAAGCAUCCGAAAAACAGAAAAACAGAUGUUUUGCAAUGAAAAAGAAGUAAGGACAACGCUGAUUGAACAAGAUAUAAGUGGAGAACUGAGACUUUGAAUGUGCAAUAGCUGAACUUAUUUAAGAGGAUUUGGGUGUUUUUCUUUCUCCUAUUUAUCAUGGCAAGAUGACUUUUCAGAGUUGGUAUAGGUUGUGACCCCUUUGGAUCAGCUUUCUGAUAGAUCUGCCUCCUUCUUGAAGAUAUUAGGUUAAAAAAACCUGAUAUUGGGGAGUGGGGAAUGAAGGAUGGGUAAUUUUCAUAAAACGGUUUUUGACAUUGCGUCGGGAAACAUGAAUUGAGGAAUGACACUGAAAGCACAUUGCUAAAAAUUCUUGUUUCCAGGUCUAGGAUUGACCUGACAAAUCUUUCUGGACUGAACAUUAAAAUUAAAUUAGAAUACAGUUCACUCAUUCUUGAAGCAGGUGCUCCUCUCUCAUGUUCAAAUGAAUUAUGACUGGAGGAGGAAUUCAACUGAAAUUCUUCUAAUUUGAAUUUGCAAUAAAUAAAUAAAUAAAUUU